UCUCGAGUUGAUCAAUUAACGUGAAAGUGAUACACACUCAACUCCAAUUGCAUUUGAAUACUAACCGCAAAUCAAUAAUCGAUUACUCAUACGUAUUGUGCUGGGAACGGACAGGAGCGAAUCAAUAAACCUUCAAUUGUUGUGAUUACUUCAAUGGCAUGGGACUUUUCACAACUGCCAACGAGCGCUGACAUUUCCAGGACGUCCGUCGCACGCUUAUUAGUGAUCCAGGAUUCCGAUUCCAUGACGCACUGAAGAGAGAGGACGAUGAGCAGUCACGAAGGACGGUCCGGCGAGAGGUCACACAUCUUUCAAAUUCGGAUCGACAGCGUCGAGGAUGAGAGCACCGCCCCCAUAACGGAGGCCAGUUCACGGGAGGAUCUCAUCGGGAGCGCAGCCAGGGAAGGCGACCGGAGCAGCGAGCAGUCCGUCUUUCAGUUUCCCAGAUUCCUUUCGGUGCCAACUCUGCGUAGUCCUCGCCAAUCCCCAGAUCCCUCCAUCAGAAGGCAGGUGAUGUCCAGUCCGGCAAAAAGCGAGCGAAUGAGCCGCCGGAGUCAGACGAAGGUGAGACCACGAAGACUUAGCCAAGAUAGUGGCAUUGUGGCAGGAAGACUAAUAGGAUACGGGGAGAGUGCUUUAAUUGACUCGGAUCUCCCACCAAGGCAAGUUGUAACCAUUCCGGCAGAGAACUUAUACCCCUGCCAAAAAGACGAUAAUGUUUCGGUUGGCAAUGCCAAGCCCGCCACUCCGAUUCCUCCGAAAUCCAAACUGAGUGGAAAUAGAGCGCGAGCUGGUUCGGCUACCUACACGGAAAAGUGGCUCAACUCCACGGUGAUGCGGACCAGCAAUGGCAACCCGCUGUUUCCCAAAUCCAACUCGAUAGCCGUGCCAUUGCCCACUCACCUGGAAUCCGAAUCCGCUGAGCCAAGUCCCACGCAGGCAUUUGGCCCGAAAAUCGUAGGAAGUAAUGAAGAGGACAUUCCUGGCACUGCAAUGCGUCGAAACCUCGGUCUUAAUUUGAGUCCCACUUUAGAGUCCGCAGAUCGUGUUAAUCAAUCCUAUGAGAUAAUGGAGUCCUCGCACUCCAAUGUUUUGCCCGAUCAAUUUGGCUAUCGGCAACUUAUGCCCACGGAGAGAAAGGCCUCGGAUACCACGAGUUCCGUGAGUGGAAGUUACUACGGCAGUCGAAAGGCCAGCAAAAGCAACAGUUUGGGAGGUGAAUCCGGAGAUGAGAGAAGAGUCAGCAAGCAGGAUCGGGAGGGCUUGGAUCCCGAAUCGUUGAUGUUCCGGGAUGGCAGACGGAAGGUGGACAUGGUCUUGGCUUGGGAGGAGGAGGAUCUGGGCGUAAUGACCGAAGCGGAAGCAAAAAAGCGGGAUAAUCGACGCUGCUUCAUGGAGAACCUCAUCAAGGAAGGACUUGAGGUCGAACUAGAGGACAAAUCGCAGUCCUUCAACGAAAAAACAUUCUUUUUGAAGAUACAUCUGCCUUGGCGACUAGAAACACGGCUGGCUGAAGUCAUGAAUCUGAAGCUUCCCGUCAAAAGAUUUAUCACCAUAUCCGUAAAGCCAUCUUGGGAUGAGGAGAAUGUUGUUCUAAGAAACGUACAAUAUUGGAAGGAUGUGUGGCAGCGCUUGACCAAAAAGAUUCAACUGGAUCAUACUCUUUUGGAAGGAGAAACUACAUUUAAGUCUGCAACAGCUAAUGGCAAUCCGGAAGAACAAUUUAUUGUAAAAGACCGAGCCACGGCCUUUACUAGCGCCCAGCGAUCGCUGAUGGUGAUGCAGGUGCUCAUCCGAACGCCCUUCGACGAGAGCGAUCGCAGUGGCAUCCGGCGGCUGAUGAACGACGGCACCUACCUCGGCUGCUUUCCGCUUCACGAGGGGCGGUACGACCGACCGCACUCCAGCGGAAUCUCCCUGGACCGCCGGGUGCUCUACCAGACGUGGGCUCAUCCCUCGCAGUGGUACAAGAAGCAGCCGUUGUGCCUGGUUCGCAAAUACUUUGGCGACAAGAUCGCCCUAUACUUCUGCUGGCUGGGAUUCUACACGGAGAUGCUCGUCUAUCCGUCUGUGGUGGGAACCCUUUGCUUCAUAUAUGGCUUGGCCACUCUGGAGUCGGAGGACAACACUCCCAGCAAGGAGAUCUGCAAUGAAUACGGCACGGGAAACAUUACUUUGUGUCCUUCGUGCGACAAGGCUUGCAGCUACCAAAGACUCUCGGAGUCCUGUCUCUUCUCACGACUUACCUAUCUCUUUGACAAUCCCUCGACGGUGUUCUUCGCCAUCUUCAUGUCCUUCUGGGCCACCACUUUCCUGGAGCUUUGGAAACGCAAACAGUCGGUUCUAGUUUGGGAAUGGGACUUGCACAACGUGGACAUGGAUGAAGAAAACCGUCCAGAAUUUGAAACGAAUGCCACCACUUUCCGGAUGAAUCCAGUCACACGGGAAAAGGAACCAUACAUGUCCACAUGGAAUAGAUCAAUUCGAUUUGUCAUUACUGGAAGUGCUGUGCUUUUUAUGAUCUCAGUGGUACUCUCUGCUGUGUUAGGAACCAUAUUGUAUCGCAUAACGCUGGUCUCAGUAAUUUAUGGUGGAGGAGGAUUCUUUGUUAAAGAGCACGCCAAACUUUUCACCAGUGUCACGGCUGCCUUGAUCAAUUUGGUUGUUAUUAUGAUACUCACAAGAAUUUACCAUCGUAUGGCCAUCAGAUUAACUAAUCUGGAAAAUCCGCGCACUCACACGGAAUACGAAGACUCCUACACCUUCAAAAUAUUCUUCUUUGAAUUUAUGAACUUUUACUCGUCGCUCAUCUAUAUCGCUUUUUUCAAGGGCCGUUUCUUCGAUUAUCCUGGUGAUGAUCAAGCCCGGAAAAGUGAGUUCUUCCGACUAAAGAAUGAUAUCUGCGACCCAGCGGGCUGCUUAUCCGAACUUUGCAUCCAAUUGGCCAUUAUUAUGGUGGGCAAACAGUGCUGGAAUAAUUUCAUGGAGUACCUAUUUCCCAAGUUUUGGAAUUGGUGGCGACAGCGGAAACAUAAACAGGCCACAAAGGAUGAAUCACAUUUGCACAUGGCCUGGGAACAGGAUUAUCAUAUGCAGGACCCAGGUCGAUUGGCUUUGUUUGAUGAGUAUCUGGAAAUGAUUCUUCAAUACGGCUUUGUCACUCUGUUUGUGGCUGCUUUCCCUCUGGCACCACUUUUUGCUCUCCUUAACAAUGUUGCAGAAAUCCGUUUGGAUGCCUAUAAAAUGGUCACGCAGGCAAGACGUCCUUUGGCGGAAAGGGUAGAGGAUAUUGGAGCUUGGUACGGCAUCCUGCGGAUAAUCACAUAUACGGCCGUCGUUUCGAAUGCCUUUGUAAUAGCUUAUACGAGUGAUUUUAUACCUCGAAUGGUGUACAAGUUUGUUUACUCCGAGACCCACACUUUGGCUGGUUACAUCGAGCACUCGCUAUCCAUUUUCAACACCUCGGAUUACAAGGAAGAGUGGGGUGCCUCGGUCAGUGAAAAAGAUCCUGACACCUGCCAAUAUCGGGGCUAUAGAAAUGGCCCCAAGGACUAUGAACCUUAUGGACUGAGUCCUCAUUAUUGGCAUGUCUUUGCUGCUCGUUUGGCAUUUGUUGUGGUUUUUGAGCACGUUGUUUUUGUCAUUACUGGCAUCAUGCAGUUCAUCAUUCCGGACGUUCCAUCCGAGGUAAAGACCCAAAUGCAGAGAGAGCAACUGCUGGCCAAGGAGGCCAAGUACCAGCAUGGAAUAAAGAGGGCUCAGGGCGAUAAUCAGGAUAUCAUGAGCCUUUUCCGGGACACCAGCAAUCGCACCUCGAUCGCGGGAAGCCAAGUGACUGCCCGUGGCAGUUGGGCUCGUCGAUUCAGCCGGCUGAGCGAUGGAUUGGAUGCCCACGUGGAGGUGGCUGCCCGGCCACGAAGAUCGGUGGAAUCCACGGUCUGGGAGGUUUCCUGACACGAGGAAGAGGCCGAAAGUGAGGCCCAGGAUCAGAACAAGAGAUGAGGA